AUGAAUCGUCAAAUGCCACAAGAUCACUCUUCUACUCAUUCUUCUUCUCUCGCAGUCCCUUGUGAAUACUACAUGUCAUCUGGAAGUGAUACGAGCGAGUCUACUUAUCUAUUUCGUCCUCAUGAGAAUCUUGAGGCUCAACAAGUGGUUGACCUUGAGGAGAAACAAGAGUGUGUAUACUCUCAACAAGAACAUCAACAACAACCACAUGGUACACGGUUUCACAAAUACAUUUAUCCUUGUUUAAGACUCAUCUUUUCUUUUGUAUUGUUCAUGACAUGCUCAGCUCUGACUCGACUCGUGACCAUGCAUGUGGUUGUACCUUCAGUGGAUCUCUCUCAAACGCCUCUCAGAGAUUUAAUUCUCGAAAGAUUGAAGCCUUUUCCAUUUGCUUUCAAAAUUACGGAAAGUAUCACAGUGUUCAUGUUCAUUCUUCUCGUGUUGCUGUCACUGUUCAACAAGACUCAUCGAUUAUCCAUUCUUUCUCGAACGUUUCUUCUCAAUAGUAUACUCUUACUGUUACGAAUGUUCACCAUGUCAUUUACAAUAUUAAGUAUACCCAAUGAAAUGGAUAUUCCUAAAUGUGCACAAUUACAACACAUGACAUUGAAAGAACGACUUUUCGGUUCUCAGGAUCAUUCCAACGUCGAGGAAGGUGCACUUUCCUACACUUGUGGGGAUUACAUGUUUUCGGGUCAUACUUGUGCCGUGGUGUUAAUGACAUGGAUGGUUUUACAAUAUUCUUCACUCAGUGCCAAGACAGCUCAAGCAACACUGUCAUCGGCGUCUUCUCUAAGAAUUUGGAAAGGAAUGAAUAUUGCCAUGGUUGUAUUUCUAUGGACGUGUUGCUUCAUGGCCAUGUUUUGUGUGUUGUGGUCAAAAGAGCAUUACACAUGUGACGUGGUGGUUGCAGGUUUGGUGACUGUCUUGUUGUGUCAGGUAUAUCAUUCUCAUUUGAAUUGGUGGUGUUUUUGGAGUAAUAAGAAACCGGAAGACAGGAGAGGCGAAUUUCCAAAUUCCAAGUCCUUACUCUUCUUUAAGAUUUAUGAAUCGGAUAUGAAACAUUGUGCCAAUGAAUUUGAUUUGAAACCAUGGACUUUGGUUGUGCAAUGUUUUCAAAAAGUGAAAAAAGUAUUUAUUCAUGUACAAAGGCAAUUUCCAAACGAAAAAUAG